AUGGAAAUCAAAUACUUGAUAAUGAUAAAUGGUUUUAGAGCGGCGGUGGAUGAUUGUGGCCUGCAUGAUGUGCCUUUUAGUGGAAACCAGUUCACGUGGGUAAAAUCAAGGGGGACUGAUCAUAUGAUUGAGGAGAAGUUGGAUCGUGUUCUCGUAUCUGAUGAUUGGCUUAUUCUGUUUGAGGGUGUACGGGUGCAGUCUUUAGUUGUCCCUUAUAGUGAUCAUUUGCCGUUACUAGUAACUCCUGUUGUGUUGCCUGGGAUUAGGAGUCGGUCAAGGUUUUGUUUUGAUAACAUGUGGCUACGGGAGGACGUUUGGAGGGAGAUUGUGGUGCAGAGCUGGACCCUGUCUGCGGGUUUGGAUACUAUCUCUAGAAUUGGUAUGUGUGCCACUGAUAUUGGCCGUUGGCGUCGUCAAUACAAUAAGGAUUUCCAACGGAGGAUUGACCGUUGUAAGCGCCAGAUGGAUAGGCUGUGUAUGCGGCGUGAUGGGAAUGGGAUGAGUGGUUAUGCAGCUGCGCAGAAGGAGCUUUUGUUUUUGCUUGAACAACAGAGUUUGUACUGGAAGAAGCGAGCAAAAGAGCAUUGGUAUAAGGGGGUGAUGUGA